UGCGACCUACUUAGUGUGGACGUACCAAGUACUGCCAGGUAUGUACGUACCAGCCAACCUCGCCACCGCUCUCCCUGUCCGCGGAUACUCGUUGAUCAACCCCCAAAGCAUCGUCGCCUCAUGUCCGAUUCAUCGACAGCCCAACCCGACAUCGUCGCCUUCGUACGCGACGGGGAGAUAUGGCUUGCGGACGGCAAUGUAGUGCUCGAGGCGCAGGGACAUGCCUUCAAAGUGUAUCAAGGACUACUGGCGCACAACUCAGAGGUGUUCCGUGACUUGUUCUCCCUUCCUCAGCCGACGUCUCCGGAUGCGUACGACGGAUGUCCUAUCGUCCAUCUCACAGACCAUCCUGAUGAACUGCGCCAUCUUCUGCACGCCCUUUUCUUCGCCCAGAGUCGUCACGGCGAUGAUGAGCGACUCGAUUUCUCAAUCGUCGCCUCCCUCAUCCGCCUUUCCCAUAAAUACCAAAUCGACCAUAUUCGCAAUGCUUACCUCUCGCGGAUGAGGUCUUGCUUCCCUACCAGCCUCGAAACUUGGGAUGCUGUCAACCGUGAUCUUGGCAGUCCCGUCAUGGAGUUCUGCAGAAAAGACGCCAUCACUGCAGUGAACGUCGCGCGGCUCACCGAGACCGACUCGAUGCUGCCCAGCGCCCUGCUCACUUGCUGUCUGAUGGAAACAGAGUGUAUCCUAAAUGGCGUCCGUCGCAUUGACGGGACUCUGGACCGUCUCAGCCCGGCAAAUAUCAUAAUGUGCCUCGAUGCCCGCCAAACCCUACUCCACAAAGCCUUCAGCACCAGAAUGGAGAUAUUGCUUCCUCUUGCAGCAUCGCCCCAAUGCAACUUCGACCAGUGCCGUAGGAUGUUACAAACCGUGCAAAUGAUGCAUCUGCACACCAGACCAAAACAUCUGGUUCGCGAUGUCUUUUCAUCGAGCGAGGGCCUCAUCAGCCUCGUCCAGACUCAUGAAGGAGUCUGUGCAGUUUGUGCAGAUACAUGGUACAAGGCGGAAGAGCAGGCACGUAGACAGCUUUGGAUCGACCUCCCUCGGAUCCUGGGUAUAGGAGUGCCAGCAGGAUGGCCUAGAGAAUUACCGAUGUGAGUUACGCCGAUCGUCACAGCCUGUAGCUUGGAUCCAUGUGGCGGUCAUUGGCAGGCCAAUGCCUUCUGUGUGACUCAUGAGCGUCGCAUCCGAAGCGGACUCUUGACAACAGGGUGUCUUGACCAUUUGUUCUAUAAGCAGCAUUACGGUCCGUCGCGGCGAGUGAAUGUAUUGUCGUGUACGAUUUUAGAGCGAGGUCGAAGCCUGAGCUCGUUGUCAUUUGCUCCCUUUGGAACCCAGUACAGCAGUAGCAAAUACAUGUAUAUCAUGCUCUCCCUUAGCAUUCCCAGAAGUCCCAGUCUGUCCUG